AUGACAGGCCUGGUGAAGAAGUUUCUGGUGUGCGGUGCAAAGAGCUUUCGCAGCAUGUGCAGUGAUCGUGUAGAGCUGCCAGAAGGGCACAUAUGGGUUUGCGUGGGGAAGAGUGAUGAGGAAGUGAAGAGGUUUGAAGUGGAGACGCACUAUCUCAACCACCCUCUGUUCGAAGACCUGCUAAGCAUGUCGGUGCAAGAGUUGGGCUACUCCUACCAGGGUGCCCUCAGGAUCGCAUGCGAGGCCGACCUCUUCUUGCACCUCCUGGACCUGAUCAAAACCAGCCAUCCCUCCGUCCACUGCUUGGAGCUGCAUGAUCUCAUUCACAGGUUCCGCGCUGCAGGGACUGAUCAUGAAAAAUCCCCCAAAGCUGGAAAACCGCGCUCACCAUGGAUAUGA